AUGUCCACCUUCCACCCAUUCCCCCGCCUCCCAAUUGAACUCCGCAUCCAGAUAUGGAGGAUGACGGUCGAACCUCGCACCGUUGAAAUACGAGUAGGCGGCUUCUACAAAGACCUCGAGCCACAAGUCAAGGACGAGCCCGCAGACAGACAAUACGUGCAGUACCUCGUCAACGCGACGCCCGUGCCGGCUCCCCUGCAAACAUGCCAAGAAGCCCGGAACCUGGGACUAUACCAACGGUCCAUGUCCGAGCUAUCCGACCUCACCGGUGACGAGAAACAGUACGUCUGGCUGAACCUGGACAUCGACCUCAUCUACUUCGGGCGCAGCGGGCUGGCCAAAUUCCUCCAGGUCGCACCGAGCGUGAAGCGGCUGAAGCUGGUGCGCAAGAUCACGGAGGAGUGGUUUUACCAGGAAGGGGCGAGCGAGCUCCGCCAUUUCGUCAACCUGAAGGAGGUGCAUAUUGUCUGCAAGGAUGGGAUGCGGGAAUGGUACGGGGCCACGACGGAUCACUACUGGCCUUGCGGCCCGGAGAAUCUGAUCUUCAUCGACCCGCAUGAUGGGCAGGUCUUGAAUGGCGUCGAGAUGGAGGCCAAGUUUGAGGAGAUGGAGCGGAUGGGGCUGGUGAUAUCGAUUCAUGGGUUUGACCAUGGUUACCGGCACCGGGUGCCUCCAAUCCCGCAUUGA